AAGGAGGCGGCUCCCGGCAUGCCUUGCGCACCCUCUCGCCGGUUCUGUCGGGGCCGACGGGAGGUCUCGCGGCUUUGGGGCUGUGACGUUGGCAGGCCCGAGCGCGGGAGCUUUUGGCGGGCUGGGGAAAAUGGCGGGUGCUUCUCUGCCGCGGUCCGGCCAGCAGUGGCUCUUCUCCGGCACCGACCCGCGGCCUCGCUCCUCCUCCGGCACCGACCCGCGGCCUCGCUCCUCCUCCGGCACCGACCCGCGGCCUCGCUCCUCCUCCGGCACCGACCCGCGGCCCCGCUCCUCCUCCGGCACCCACCCGCGGCUCUAUUCUCCCCACACCGUCCCGCGGCCGUCCUGCGUCCCUGAGCGGGUGCCCCGUACGGGGCUGAGCGCUCUGCAUGCGAAGUGGGAGGGGGAGCAUCUCUGGCUCUGCCUGCGGGCCCUGGGCUUCGAUCCGAAGGCUGUCGACAGCGGCGUCGAAGUGGGGCCGACAAUGUUUAAGAAACCGAACAUCACAGGGUUUCACACUGUUGCCCUCUUCUUGUUUGCUAAACUGGAUCAGUUCCGUGCAGCAGAAGUUUUCUGUUGCCUUCCAGUAGGAAGGGAAUUUAAGAAGCAGUGCUGUUUAUGGCUAGAAGAUAUUGCAAAAGAAGACAAAAGCGGUAUUCCGAAAUUUCCAGCUUCUACACUUGUUUUUCCUACUGGUCCUAAAUUUAUUCACCUAAUGUAUCGGUUUGCAAGACAUACAGUGGUGGUGGACAUGAAAAGGAACUCUCUAGGCACUGGUAUACCUUUUGCUGAAGCUGUAAAUUUGACACCUGAGGAUAUGUACAUGGCAAGUGCGAGAUGUAGAGUUGCAUACAAUAAGCUUCUGCAAAUUUUUCAAAAGGAAGAUUUUGUUAUGCGAGAAUAUAACAAGAAAAAACAGCUUUUAAUUAAAGAAAUAAAGCAGAUAAAGUCUGAAUAUGAAGUCCUGCAGAUACAGUCUUCCAAGAUGAAACAAAAUGACCAGAGCAAAAAUGACAAAACUGAGAGAAUUCAAAAGGUCCGCAGUAUGUGGACACUUAUAAUGGAAAUCCUUACAUCUCUGGCAAAGGAAAAGGAAACUGUGGAUUAUGUACUUGAAGGUCGUGUUGGCCAGUAUGUUUUAGAUGGAGCUAAUGUUGUUUUCAAAAUUCCAUGGGUGUUGUCUCACAGAGUUGAAAGUGGCGUACACCACCGUUGGUCAGGAAAUGUAUAUGAAGGUGAAAACCUGAAUUUCUUAACCGUCAUUCAGUUAUUAAAUGAAGCCCUGAGGACACUGAGAGAUGAAAUUUGUCAAUCUAAAUUAACACCACAACUUGAUUACAUUGAAAAUAUUGCUAUGGGAUGCACAGAAGAACUACAGAAUUUGAAAGCAAUCAGGCGAAAGUUAGAGCAACAGCGUUGUAUGUCAGGGAGUGAACGUAUUUCUAGAGAACAGGAAGACUGGGAAGUAAAGUGGAAAAGCUUUCUUGACCGGUGUCCUUUAAACUUAAUGUUAGAGAUGGAUCCUGUACUUCCUUUAAGAGCUUCACCACCCCAUUCUUUUCAUCCCGCAGAAGAUGAUGAGGAUAGCAUCUUUUAUCAGCAUCUAGUAUCAGUUUCAGAUGUCUGUGACUCUGUUUGUGAAGUACAUUAUGAGAAAGAUGAUAAGGCGUUGAAAACUGCGAUGGAUAAGCCAACACAAGUAUCAAGAUGGACCUCUUCAGUGCCUUUGGAGUUGUCAACAGCAUGUGAAAACAGAGAUGUAUUAAUUGAAAAGAACUUGCCUAUUGAGACUUGCGAGGGGGAGAAGACGCCCAUGCCUCCAAAGAUCUUAAAAAAUGGAAACGAUGAAUCUGCCAUUUCGGAAACGUCAGAGAAUGCAGGUGAUCAUGUUGUUCAGACAAUGUCUCCUGUCAAAAAAGAAGACCCUCUUAAGAGAGCCAGAGAUGAACUGGCAGAAGAGUUUGCAAGAACAGUGAUGUCUGAGUCACCUCAGAGUGGUGAAGGAAAAAGAAUGGCAUUAGAAGAUCUCUUAAGCACACUGGCUUUUAACCCAUUUUUAACAAGGAAACAAAUUCCCCGAACUCCAGAAAAUCUGCUUAGUGAAAUUAGAAGCUCAUGGAGAAAAGCUGUUCAAACUGAGGGCUCAUCAGUCGGAGAGCUGCCCCCAGCUGAAGUAAUGAUAGACGAAGUUCCAAUGGAUGCUACACCUGUAAUGCAGAAGGCGGCAGAUUCUGGAUUCGUGUGCUCUAUCCCUGCAUCUCCUGUACCUGAGUCUGAUCCUCUUUUGUCAGAAAGGAAGACCCAAUUAAGUUCUACAGUACUUACACCUCAAGGGCAGAUGAGGGUAAGUCAUAUCAUUGAAUCUCCAAUUUUGGAAACAGCAGGAAUGCAAGACAGUGAAAGAACCGAAGAACAGGAAUUAAAAUGUAUUGUAAAUAUUUCUGUACAGAAUGUAAAUUCUGUAGAAGAUCCAGAACAGAGUUCUCAAUAUGUAAAGAAGAGCGUGAAUGCUCCAGACAUUUGUUCAGAAAACAAUAGUAGAAUAAAUGUUCUACCUUCAGGCUACUUUCAGCGUUCCUUAAUGGAUAGGAUGCUGAACCAGAAUGUAUCUCCAUUGUUAAGUUCUGCUUCCCACUUGCAGAUACUGGGUGAGACAUUUCCAGAAGAACUUGGUAACAUGGGUACCCGCAAAUCUGCAAGCUCAGACUCUGGUUUCAAUGUAGUAGGCAUCGCAGAUAUAACAGGUGGUUCAGAAGAUAACGGGGAUAUUCAAGAAUCAAAGCUAGAUCUACACUCCCUGUUGAGCCCACAUACAGCGCUGAAAAAGACUGUAUCUAGAAGUGAAGAGGAGCUGCAUCAAACACAUAAUGGAGAUGAAUCUUUAAGUAGCAGAUCAGACCAAAGUCUUACACCAGAAAGAAGAGAAAGAGAUAAAUUCUGCUUGGAUGAAGCAUUUACCAAGGUCCCAUCGCCAGUAUCUCUUAAUGAAAGAAAAUAUUCCCUGUCAUCUUUGCUGGUAUCCUGUCAACACCUGGAGGAAAUGGCAUCAAUGGUACACGAUAUCCCAUUAGGCAUAGUAGCUCAAUUGAAAAAUAUAGAGCAGUUGAAUAAAGAGCCAGACACAAUGGAACCAUCAUCAGGACAGAAUUUGUAAAGCAGAAGCACAACCAUCGGCACACAAUUGUGGUUCACUUGAGUAGCGUGUACCAUCUUCUCCAAGCACUACCUAGAUGGAGAAGUUGCACUCCUUUCUGUAUUUUUUUUUUUUUUGCGGAGACUAUAUUCCAGUCUCCUUUUUUAAGAGUGUCAGUUACCUGCACUGGUUCUUCCAAUUUCAUGUCAUCCAUAGUAGCAUUCUAUGUACAGCCCACCAUUUAUGUACAGAACUACAUAUUCCUUUUUAAGUGCAUUUUCAAAAAUAGCAGAUGUUGAGGAGGUGACGUAAUCCUAGAAAACGGAAAACCAAAGUCUUGAUGAGACUGUCUUUCCCCUAAUUCCACCACCACACCACACCCCCUUGAUUUUACUUGGUGGUCUACAUUCAUUGGAUUCUUCUCUCUUACUGAGACUUCUGAUUGGUAAUUGCCGUCAGCUCUACCUGUUGAUAGAGGCUGCUGUUUUAUAAACUUCCACUGAAAUGCCUGUUUUUUUUAGGCAUGUUACUGAAUAAAUGUAUUAAACUGAGGUAAAAAUUCAUGACUUGUGGUAGUGUUAAUGCCACUUUAUUUGCAAAUAGUUGAUAUAAAUUUAUGACAUUGUGUUGUAAGUAACUGAUAAUAGAGCUUGUGGUGGGGUGGGAAUGUAAAUUUGAGGUUCCAGCAGAUAAACUUCUUAUUGUAAAAGUACUGACCACUAACCUGAUGUGUUUACAGAGUUUGAGAGGAUUGCUAAGUUAAGUUGGCUUUCUGUUCUGUUCUAUCUUUAUCCUCCUUUCUUCCAAAACAGUUACAAAUAGGUUUUAAGAAGGAUGUCCACCUGUAUUUGACAUCUUCCUUAUAAAGCAGAAUUUGACAAACUGUAUGAAAAGAGAGUUAUGUGGCUGGUUGUGGAACCUAUAAAGUGGCUGCUGACAUGUUAACAACUAAAAGGGAACUGAUUCUUAAUAGCCCAUUUACGUGUUGGUGUAAUGGUGGUCAGAUGGCAAGAGAAUUGGAAGGUCUGACCUUAGCUAUUGGCUGUCCCGAACAGGCCCAGCCAUGUUUCUUGCAGACCAGGGCUCUAGAGCUUGGUGCUGGUGACUUCACAAAGGUUCCUCGCGUUACCGUCACGGCUUUCACGCCCUGGUCAGAAGAGGUGUGAAAGCAGGGCAUCAGAGCUCUGGUUGGGAUGCCACCAGAGGAACCUGGGCAGGCUGCCCUAGGGAUGGAGCUGUUCAGCUGGGAUGUGUAGUGCAGUCUGUACCAAUAUUAUGUGCUCUGUCCCUGCUUCUGGAGAUUCCUAGAACAUCUUCUGAUCUAAUUGUCUCCAGGGAUUGCUACUGAAGAGUGGUGGAUUUUUUUUUUUGUUUUGUUGUUGUCUUUUGUUCUCCUGUAGAGAGAGCAUCUGCUGGGAAAGACCUGAACCAUUACUGUUUUUCUUAGCAAACAUGUCUCCUGUAUCGCCUGUGCCUUCGCAUGUAGUUCCACCCUUGAAGAAGUGCAUUUGUCAGCUGUGCUCCUGUGGGUAUGUAAAAGAGGCUGGGGGAAGGAGCUUGGAGUAGUGGUUACUUGGCUAGCAGGCUGCAUGGCUCUUUAGGGAUGCACUGUUACUCACUGCUAUAAGUUGCAUAUGAAAAAUUAUAAAUAAAAGUAUGUUAGAGCAUUUUUAAAGCUUUAAAAUAGGAAAUCUCCCCCCCAACCCCCCAUUCUGCCUGUUCAACGACAUGGUUCUAGCUUUUGUCAUAGGAGUAAACAAACGGCAGGGAGACUUUCUGUUUUUCUUAUGUAGGUGGAUUGCAUCUCUAAGAGGAAAGCUUUCCACUUUUUGGCCACAAACUUGCUUUUGAGUGGAUGUUACUGUCUUUGAGUCUGUGUUUUAAUGCAAUACAAUGCGAUACUUCCUUUGUAAACAUGCUGAUUCUGGAAAAGAUACAGGGGUAGAGCUUUACAAAUGGAAGAGACAACUGAAAAUACAAGGAUUGAUUAACGGGUUUGUCAGUGUUGUGAAUGUAUGCAAACUCCUUGGAAAGCAAUGAUUAGCUGUAGGCCCUUCAGCAUAACUUUAAUUCUCCCAUAUGUGCAGGUUAAGAAUAAAAUUAUUAUAGUGGAAAAAAAAAUCUUUUUGACUCAGUCAGAUUACGUGUCUUAGUUUGUUUAAAGCUACUAAAUAAUUACGAAGAGAGUUUAAAAGUACAAAAUUCCCACCCAGGGUUUAUAUGAGGUGGGUAUGCAUUGUUGUUACCCAUCAUGAGAAACAAGCACAUGUACUCCAAAAAGAAAUCCAGUAGAAAUACUGAUACCAAGCAGAUCGUGAACUGUAUUUUUGAGUACUCUUAUCAAGUACAAGUGCAUCUGCUCCCUCUAUUCGUCCUUCUGUGUGUAUCGUUCCUUUUUUAAAGUCAGUAUUUGUUUUUGACUUUGUGAAACGUGUUCCAGAGAGAAGUAACAGUGAUUUGAUUAUUGUAUUAGAGGACUAUGCUAUCGAGGAACUAAACAGGUAACACUGAGAUCUGGAUUGAGAAGUAUCAUCUGUUUCUAACCAAGUAAUGUACUGAAAUAUAGGUCUAUAGGUCUAUCUUUGAGGCAUCCUUCAGAUGCUAGAUGAGCUAGUAGGGUAGCUCAGUCUAAGGAUGUGGAUAUUACCUCGAUUGUGGCCUGUCUUAAGAAAAAUUAAAGUGCAUUUUGGGCUGCCACUACAUUGACAGUUCUGAAUUAAGAAGUGACAGCUAAGAACUUUGAGUUUCUUGUGAAGACCUGGCUUCAGGUUCCAAGUGAUACAUAUAAAAGUGGAAAUGAUAUAUCUGUGCACCUUAGGGAUCUUUACUGCUUGCAGGCAAGUGCAACGCUGGCAUUUGUGUUGUAAGUAGUAGCUCACCUGUCCGCUUGUUUGUGGUAGACACUUAGGAAAUUUUGGUUAGGCGUGUAUUAGAAGGCCAUCAUAAUUACAUUGAACUUCAGGAUUAAAUCCUCUCGUAGAGCAGGGAUUUACUGAUCAGUGAGGGGGAGUUGGGAGAACAGCAGGGUAUUAUCAGCAGUAUAGAUACAACUUUUUGUAUAUUUUUGUGACUUCUUUAAAGUUGGGUAUUUGCUGAAGAGGAAUAGAGUAUUCAUAAUGUACAGUGUUAAGUGUCUAAGAUACCUAUCCUGAAACACCAUUCAGAAGUACUUGCCCAUUAAGCUUAGGAAAUUAAUUUUCUUAUUAACUUCCUAAUCAGAAGAUUUCUCCAUUUAACUUUCUAAGAAUAAGGAAUUUGCUCUCCUGAAGUUAGCUGCACUGGAUUAUUAUUAGCUGAAGUACAUAGUGCAAAUAACUCACUGUCCUCUCCAGAGGAGAAUAUGCCAUAAUUUAGUGCAGCACUGCAGAGCAGUCAGUAUUUCGCAGUUUAGAUUUGCCCAUCCUUACCAGGUGAGUUCCAAAAGGAUGGGUUUACGAAUGUCUAUACUCACUAGUCUCUUUUUUACUUUGGAAGGUUAUAGUAAUGUUUUUUUACAAAAGAACAUAUGCAUUGCUCAUAGAAGCAUAAUGAGGUGUCUGGAAUAUCUUUCCUCCAAGUAAAAUAUCAAGUGGUCACAUGUUUGGUAAUGGUAUAUCAAAUAACAUGUAGCUAUAACAAAAUAUAAAUUGCUAUAACUUUUGCAGGAUAACAGGUAACUGCAGUCUGUCUUGCAUAUGUUCUGUCUGUACUAAACAUAAAUCAGUCUAUUUUUAUUGAAAAGUAAAGCUAAAAAAAUACAUAAAUGACUGUCGCUAGUUCACAGAGCAUUUUGAAAAAGCAAAUACUUUUCUGUCAGUGGAUUUCCGCAAGUAAUGGGAGAAACAGUCUCAAUUACAAGACUUAAGGAACAGCAAGUCCCCUCUGUUGUGUAACUGCUGCUUUUAGAGUGGUUCAUUGUGGCCAGCGGUGGCACUAGCUGAGAGAUUGUUGUGGUUUUGGCCGGAUUGGCCAGUCAGAACGACAGAUGGCCCUCCCUCCCCCCCACCUCUCUCCUCAG